AUGACGCACCGCCGGCGCCAGCGCCAGCUCGAGAAGCGGACGUACGCCGAGACGCGCGCGCGCGCGAGCUUGCAGCUGCUCGCCAAAGGCUCUCUCUGGCAGGCUGUGAGCGCCAAGCAGAACGUUUGCCUCGCCAAGACGACGGCCGAGUGGAAGGCCGCGCGCGCCGUCACCAAGAUCCAUGCGCGCCUCCCGCAGGCGAUCAAGAUGCUCUUCCAGGCCGCCGAGUCGACGGUAGCCUUCCAGGCGUGGGCGCGUGCGGUCUUUCCCGACACGUACCUCGACGCUGCGAUCGUCGAGCACCUCUACGACGAGACCGAAUUGCCGUUUGAGAAGCGCGCGACGACCAAGUGGUUUGCGACGGCAUCCGCCUUCGCGGCCACGACUACUACGUUAUCGACCUGCUACCUCUUCCAGGAGUCCUUGGCCGACAUGGCCGAGAUUGGCCGCGACGUUGGCUGCGACCGCGCCCACAUUGACGCGCUCAUCGUCAAGCUCGAGCGCGCCGACGACCAGUCGCUCUUGUGUUCACUGGCCUUUCAAAUGGUGCCGUCGGCGACGACAGGCCUCCCCUUUGCUCGCCCAUCGGCCGUCGACAUGGCAUAUCGACUCGCCAGGGGCAUCCGCAACGCCCUCGAGGGCCACGGACUCCAAGCCAACCCGGUCUCAUCGCCCGUCGUGCGCGCGAAUCAGUGCUUUGAGUGCGCCAAGACCUUCCACCUCUUCAAGCGCCGCGUGCAGUGCCGGUACUGCCACCACCGGCUCUGCGCAGGGUGCCACAGCCGCCACAUGUGCCCGAGUGCCACGCUCGACAGCCUCUGCGACGACGACGAGGCCGACGACGAGGCCGAAGCCGAACUCAUUGCGUGGAUGCGGUUCAUGGCCGCCGACGACAACCGCCUCGACGCUGCGUCAACGAUUGCCAGCGACGCGAUCGAUCAGCGGAAGGACGAUGACGCGUCGUCGUCACUGCAGCUCUCUUCGAUUGCGUCCCCCAUGUCGUAUGCGACCAUGUCCGAGUCUGCCAUCGAUGGUCUCUUGACGCUCGACGACUCGCAGAGCGGCCAGUCGUUUGUCAAUGCGUCGUCGUUCGGGCCGAGUCUCGAUGCCAGUGUCUUCGAGUCCAAUGUUGCGAUGAAGAACUUUGCUUUGACGAUCCCAGAGCAGCAUCCCACUACGACGACGUUCGAAGGGCCGAGCCUCGUGGCCGUCGGCUCCGCGUGGGCCCUCCAGAUCGACGUCGAGGAUGCUGUCGUCCUGGCGCUCGCCGACCUCCGCGCGUCGAUCGGCCACGCGCAUUUCCUCGUCGUGAGCUACUCGAGCAACUGGUCGCCGGAAGACAUCCAAAUGCUUUUGGCGAAUCACGCGCCAGACGUGCCGUACAUUGGCGGCACGAUCGCGCGGGGCAUCUGCGACGACGAGGCGUGGAUCGCCAAGCACAAGCACAGCAACGAAGGACUGAUUGCGCUCUGGGGCGUCCACGACCCACUUGGAACGUACGUCGUCGGGCACACCGAGUACGACCAGCUCUCGGCGCGGCGCGAGGUCCACCGCGCGAUGGCCACGUCGUACCUGUCGACGGGGGCGACGCCGGUACACCUCGGUUUUACAUUGGUUUGA